UAGAAAAAAAAACUUGACAGUUCAGACAGAUAAGAAUUUUGACAUAACCUCUCAUGCUAGUUUUUGCUAGAAAAAUUAACAGAAAAUUGAACGUUUCGUGGCACAAAUGGCAUCAAUAACAGCGUAUUCAGUGGGCCGACUGGCAAAAUACGUGACAGAGUCGACAUUCCGGAAUUUACGCUCGAAUGUGUACAGGAGUACCACCCGCGGGUACAGCACAGAGGAGAAUACCAAAGAGGAGAGCAGUGAGAAGCUGCCCACCACCAUAGAAGAAUGCCAUAAGCAGCUGGAAACCCUCACCGGAGAGCUCAAUGCUAUUAAGGCACAAGCCAAAGACUAUGAGGACAAGUACAAGCGCGCCCUCGCGGAGGGCGAGAAUGUGCGCCGGCGCAUGGUCAAACAGGUUGAAGACGCCAAGUCCUUCGCCAUACAGAGCUUCUGCAAGGAUCUGCUUGAUGUAGCUGACACAUUGUCGGUGGCAGCAGAGAGCGUGCCAGAGAGCGCGCUGGGCGAGGGCGGCGCUGAAGGCGCGGCGGCCGCGUUACGCUCGCUGCACGACGGCGUGCGGCUCACGCGGGCCAUGCUCACACAGGUAUUCACUCGGCACGGACUGGUGGCCGUGUCUCCUUUGAGAGAGAAAUUCGACCCCAACCUCCACGAGGCGCUUUUCCAACAGGAAGUGGAAGGAGCGGAGCCCGGCACGGUGGUCGCCGUCUCCAAAGUGGGCUACAAGCUGCACGAGCGCUGCGUGCGGCCCGCCCUCGUCGGCGUGGCUAAAGGCUCCUCCUAGUGCACCGAGUAUUCGAACGUGACACCUUACACAAAAUAUCACGGUCAUACACGGAUUUAGCUAGUGAUCCAAAAAACUCGAGCCCUUUAGCUCUUUUUUUAGGGCUCGCCUCAUGACGCCUAAAAGGCUAAAAGCCUAUUUCAAUUUAAUUAGUAAAAUAGGCUUUUAAAUAUAAGUAAAAUAGCCCAAAAAAAGAGCUAAAGGGCUCGAAUCUUUUGGAUCACUAGAUUUAGCUUUUAAACUUGUCUUUUCUGUUCCCAAAAUCUAAGAUCACUAACCAAUCUGUCUGGUUUUGAACUUUUACACUUGGAUUGGUCAGAUUUACCAAUCAAUCUGUCAUUUUUAUUUUAGUAUCUGUUGAAUAAAACCGUUUAAACCCUUUACCAGGCUGACAUUUCAAAAAUGUCAAUCGAAUGUCUUACUCAUCGAAAAUAGAACGCAUGUUUGAAGUGCCGUAUGUGGGAAAUAUAUAUCCCUUAGCCUGGUAAAGGGUUAACUUUUGAGAACAGAAGAGGCAACUUUUUUCAACGAAGCUGUGACCCACCACCGUUGGUUAAUGUUAGUUCGGUUCUGAUCUGACAUUUGAUUGACAUUGCUAAUUUGAAACCAAAUUGCAUUUACGUACUUACCUGAAAUGCACUUUUUUAUUAACUACCUUUAAAAAAAAACUUUACUCACAAGUUGCAAACGAGUGUCGACGUUAUACUACAAUUAAAGCAAACUACAGAUGUACUGCAUAAUUGGGUUGGCCGGUGGAAGUUUUUAGCAGAUGGCGCCAUCAUAGCUUGCCCCGUCAAUCCCUAGAAUUAUGUCAAAUUUUUGUUUUUUAUGGUUCCGUACCCAAAGGGUAAAACGGGACCCUAUUACUAAGACUUCGCUGUCCGUCCGUCCGUCCGUCCGUCCGUCCGUCCGUCCGUCCGUCCGUCUGGCACCAGGCUGUAUCUCACGAACCGUGAUAGCUAGACAGUUGAAAUUUUCACAGAUGAUGUAUUUCUGUUGCCGCUAUAACAACAAAUACUAAAAACAGAAUAAAAUAAAGAUUUAAAUGGGGCUCCCAUACAACAAACGUGAUUUUUGACCAAAGUUAAGCAACGUCGGGAGGGGUCAGUACUUGGAUGGGUGACCGUUUUCUUUUUGCUUUUUUUUUUUGCAUUAUGGAACGGAACCCUUCGUGCGCGAGUCCGACUCGCACUUGCCCGGUUUUUUAAUACCCUGGAUGCCAGCUCUUUAAGCCAAAUCUCAUAAAAAAAAGGGGCAAGCUAUGAUGGCGCCAUGUAUGCAAACCUUUGACAGUUGCCAACCCCAUUGUUUUCCAUUGUAUUUUCACGGAAACUUACAACGUGUCUUGCUAUUUCAGCCAGUCUCCGUACAAAAAAUACUAACAUUGACUGAACUAGCACGGACAAAUACGAACGUUUCCGAGAAAAUACGAUGGAAAUCAAGUAUGCUCUACAUCUGUACAAUUUUUAUACCUACAGAAUUUUACCAUAUACACAAUUAUCAGACAUACGCCAACAUCAUUUGUGUUAUGUAAGUAAAUUCAAUUGCACUUUAAGCUUGUGAGUAAAAUUUCUGUAUGAUUGGACUCUGGACAUUAUAAGAGAAGGGAUAUGUAUUAAAUUUACUUUGACACCUGUAGGCCUGCUUUGCUGAGACAGUUGGCUCUAGGCCGAGUUUAGAGCAAUUAUUUCAUGCAACCGAUGAUGCCAAAAAUGCGGGAGUGCGCGGGACGAGGUGAGCGAAGUCCCGUGCCGUGAUUGGUCCGUUCAAAGACACGGGCGUCACACAAAGACACUUUCGACUCGAACAUGGAGUAAAAUUACGGUAUGCUUUGUCUGUGGUGAGAAUUAACGGUAUCGUGGACCGUAAGGAAACCGUUGAAAGUGUGGUAACUUAUCAAAAUAAUAACCUAAGUUGAAAUAUUUUCUUCCUCACUCAAGUGUGCUGAAAAACAUGAAACGCAGUGCGUUGGUCAUUACACACAUCGGCUUUCUAAUAGCGUACAAUAUUGCCCCGUGUGCAGUGACCAACGUAUCACAAUCAUAGUCUAAUAAAACGUGGUCUCUUCCCAGAGUGACACAAGCCUACGUCACAAUAACAUGGCCGCUAUAUAUGGCGCUAUCGCAUAUUAUCAUAUAGCGCUGUCACAUGAUGACGUAGGCUUGUGUCAGUCAGGUGAACUAGAAAAAUCGGGAAGAGAGUACCAGGCGGAGUAUAUUAUUAUACCAUGAUCACAAUGUACAGCAGGCAGGCAGGCGUGGCUCACUCCGCGAUUUCGUCGGUUUGCAACAGGUUAAAAGUACAUCCGUUCCACACCAAUUUUGGUGGCUAGCCAUAAGCCGCGCGUGGUGCUGUCGCCACCUAGCGGCCAUAUCUGUCCUGAUCGUAAUAGAAGCGUUUUGUUAGAGAGUGAGUCUUCUGUACCUACUAUUAUUUAUUCUGUGCUAUUGGGCAAUAAUAAAUGAAAGUUUUUGAGCAUCGAAAUCCCUUUGUUUAGACUAGCAAUGAAUUUGUAUAAUAUUUUUGUUAUGAUUAGGCAUAGAUUUAGAAUUCCAUGAUGUAUGUCUGAGGUGGUAGUUGUUGUUAAAGUAAAUGGAUUAUAUUGUUA